AUGAGGAAUAGCUGCGUUUGGGCCCUACUGGCCACCAUCGUGCUGUGGCUGGCCUUGGCCACCACCACCACCAAUGCCGAGACCAUGAUCGAGGUGGACGAGAACGGAGACGAGUACGAGCUGAAGCGCUUCUUCAUCCAGGGCCGGCAGCUGGCCGGCGAUGGCAGCAAGUCCCAGUGCGUGGUGACGCGCCGCAAGCGCUCGAGCCGUGCGGUGGACCUGCCACAGUCCGUGUCCGUCAGCUCGCAGCAGGUGAACGUGGAACAGCUACCCCUGCCCGUGGUGGAGCAUCGCGAGGGAUCCUCAGCUCCACUGGAGAACGGCACCAAGCGGCGGUAUGUGGCCUUCACGGGCGUGCAUCUGCAGCCAGCCGACGAGGAGGACGAGGACGAGAACGAGAACGAUAAUGAUGACGAUGAUGAUGAGGAUUUCAACGAGAACGAAGAGGAGCAGCAUCCCAAGGCUCAGGCACAGUCACAGGCACAGUUUGUGCCCGCCGCCCUGGCCCUGCCCUUGGCCCAGUCCAGCGCCUCCCAUCUGCCGCAUGGCGUGAGUGUGGUGGCAAAUGCCGCCAGCCAUGCCAACGUGGCCGGAGAUGCGGGCAUUGUGGUCGUGCAGUCCCACCAGCCGCCCAAGGUCAAUCCCGACACCCAUGCCGUCUUCGAGCUGAAGCCCGUGCAGUCGGACAUCGUGCACGAGGCGCCCAUCCAGGGCUACUAUCCGUUCGUGGCCGGCACCCACCCCGCCCACUGGCAGGAGUAUGAGGCGGAGGACGAGGACGACUACGACGAGGAUGAGGACGACUACGACGACUUCUACUACGGCGGCCAGGGGGGCGGCGGGUACUACAGGGAGCGGCCCGGCUACCAUCCACUGGGCGAGUACGACGAGGAGAUCAUCUCCGAGGACAGUCCGGUGACGACGAUUGCCACGUGGAGCACUGGCAUCGAUGAGGAUGACAACGACAUCCAUCCCGUCAUCAACCAGGCCAACUCGAGGCCCAACAACAACAAAAACAACAACAACAAGAACAAAAACAAAAACAACAAUAAAAAUAAGAAUAAGAAUAAAAACAAAAGGAAUCAGAACAAGCGAAACCAGAACAGGAACAGGAAGCAGCAACACAGCAAGAAGGAGCAGGAUCAGGAGGAGCAGCAGGAGGAUCAGCUGCAGGAGGAUCACAACAGCCAGGACAAUGUGAACAUCAAGGAGCAAAAGCAGAAGCAAAAGCAAAAGAAGAAGCCACCACAGCAGCAGCAGCAGCAGGAGAGUUCCAUGGAUGUGACCAAGAAACCCAUGAAGAAGCCAACGUCCAGCAGCAGCACCAGCUCCGUUUCCGUUGCAGCUUCCUCCUCGGGCAACACUGCCGCAGCUGCGGUGAUCAGCUCCAGCGGGGAUCUGGCAUCAGCCCAGCCGAACAAAAACAAGAACAAGAAGAAGGUGAAGCGUCCCAGUGCCGCCAGCAGCGUGAACAAGCGAAAGACCAGGCCCAGCAGCCAGAAAAAAAAGCGUCCAAGCAGCAGCAGCAGCAGCAGCAACAUCUCCACCAGCAACAAGCGGAGACGGCCCAGUUCCAGCCCGCAGCUCCAGCAGCGCAGCGGCUCCGGCAGCAUUGGCGGCUACCGCCGUCGUCGCCCCCAGCAGUCGCUCAGCGAGCAGGAGCAGGUCCAGCUGCAGAAGGAGCGUCGCCGCCGCCAGAAGCAAAAGCAGACACGCAAGCGACAGCAGCAGCAGCAGAAGCGUCGCCGCCAGGAGCAGCAGCGCCGGCGCAGGAACCGCAACAAGAAUCGCCAGUUCUACGGCGAUGAGCCCAUCAUCAAUUGCAUCUACAUCAACAAGGAUCCGCCCACAACCACCACACAGCGUCCCUUCUGGAAUAUCCUGGGCCGCGACACGGGCAGCAAUGAGCCCACACCUGCCCCCGCAAGAGCAGCAGCAGCAGCGGGUGGAGAUGGGGAUGCAGUAGAUCCGGUGGCCAAGCAGGCCGUGCUCCAGGCGGUCAGACGCAACUUUGGCGACUUUGGCGGACGCAAGCGAACCAGCCUGAGAUUUGUCUCCUAA